UUUUCACUGGAGCUGGACUUGUUCAUCUAAGGGCUGAAAGAAGCCUUGAAAGUGUGAAGUCUUGUGUCAAAAAGAACAAGGGCAAAGGUGGUGAUAGGAUAUUUAUAGAUGCUGUUUCAGACUUAACAAAAUCUACAGAAUUUACCAUAACAGAUGACUCUAAAGAAGAUUAUCAGUAUGAAGAGGUUCCAGCAGAUGAUGAAUUUAGUCUUCAGGAAGAUGAUGAGGAUCUGUCAAAAGCUUUGCAGACUAUUCAAGAGCAAGCUGAAGAUGCCCAGAUUUUAGCUUUGCAAUCAGUACUGACUUCUGAGAAAUCAGUGUCUGAAAUACCUGAAGCAAUGGAUGACUUCUUCUGCAAUUUCCUGGUCAGAUUGGGAAUGUCCAGAACCCUUGACUGCUUCCAAACUGAAUGGUAUGAACUCAUAGAGAGAGGUGUGUUCACAGCCAAAGAUACUGGAUUGGUUCCAACUGUGUAUACCCACAACCAGCAACUUGAGGCUGAGAAUAUGCGCUUGAGGAAAGAUUUGGAAAACUAUAAACAUGCUGCAAACAAAGCAAAAGAGGCUUUCCUAAAAAUGCAGAAAGAGCGUGACUUCCAUCGAAUGCAUCAUAAGCGAGUGGUUCAGGAGAAAAACAGGCUUAUUUGUGACAUUAAAAGGCUGAAGGCACAUUAUGCAUCAUAUGAACCGGUGCUGAAGCAGUUGACUGAAAAAUACCAGACUACACUGAGACAGAAAAUGUUAACUAGUUUGGAGAGAGACAGAGCAGUUGGGCAG